UAUCUCGGUUGUUAGCCGAAGGCUACCAAUGAGCCAAGAGGCACAGAAUACAAACCAUAUCGAUGUUAUGUAACACUGUUAUGUAUCAGUGUUGUGUAGCAGUGUUAUGUUGUUUUCAUUACUGGAGUUGUUUUAUAUGCGCAGGUUCCGACUAGUUGUGAGUGAGCUGGUGGAGGAGCUACGUCAGUGCUACCUGGUAGGUGUGAGAAUAGCAGUGCUGAGGUACGCCCUGCUGUGUCCCGUCGUCAGGGCCAGGCUUGGCAUCAAGGUGGCUCCAGUCAGCCACGAGGCACUGGUGGUGCGAGCUCCUGUCCCCUGGCACCACAGCUUCCUUACUGGCACCCACCACUGCCACCACAACCUAUUCGCUCUCAACCACCUCCUCAACACCCUCGACACCAUCUGGGAGGAUAGGUUCGCCAAGCUGCGGUUCGUCGACAUGGUGGCGCUGACCGGGGCUGACGAACACAAGGCGCCCACACCAGAGGUUCUGGAGAAGGCUAUCAGAGCUCAGUGUGCUGACACCAGAACCGUUCUCCUGCACAAGUGGCUGCCGGCUGUAUCUCGCGUGUUUGGGGAACAAGUGGAAUCCUGGAGGUCACUCGUUCCCACCGACGUCGAUGACAGCCUUCGCCAGGUGCGACGAUUCUUUAGCGCCGUCAGAUCUAGGAUGUCGCUUCAGCUACGACGUCUUGUCCUUGACUCCAUCAGCGACUUCCGUGACUGCCUUGUGAAGCACAAGGCUGGAAACGACUAUACUGGGGAGUACAUUGAGGAGAGCUUCAUAGAGCGAUCAGUUGUGGAGGUAUCUGUGACGGUGCAGGAGAAGCGUGUUCUAUUUUGUCCACAACUCACAGAGACACACGACCGCCUCCUCAGCUGCCUGGCAGCCAUUAUUGAGCACAACCAGCGCAUUCCCCGCAUUGAAAGACUCCUCUUUCCUGAAAUGUCCCGGCGUAGACUGUACCUACACGCUGUGAGUGCCGAGGAGGAAGCAGUGGAGGCGGUGAAGGCGGAAGUGUCAGCACUCUUCAGUGCCAAUGCCCCGGGACCCUCCACUUACGUGGCCAUCUACCACCAAUACACUCACCUCCUUGAUGACACCACCUUGAACCUCGUGCAGGAUUUCAUUGAGAACUGUGGCAUCUUGAAGGAGGGGAAGAAGCUGCUGGCGUCGCUGCAACUGGUUAGUGGCCAGGUGGUACAGCUUAGAGACUACGUGCCCUUAGGACUCAUCCUGCUUAACUGUAAAGACAUCAAUCAUCGUCUCCAGCAGCAGGUGAAGGAGCUGACAGCAGCUAUCCUGGAGUACUUCGUGGUACGCAACAAGGAACAUGACAAGGAUGUGUGUCGAUCAUUUGACGAGAUGUCGACGAAGUUGAGUCAAGUGACUGACGUGACUGCAGAGAUCGUGGAGCUGAGCAACUACCUGCACAUCUGCUCCUCCCAGACCAUGACACAGCUGCUGCAGGAGAUACAGAACGCUACUGACCGUCUCAUGUUCCUGCUGCAGUUCGGGCGGGUGCCAGAGGACCAAGUUCCACUUAUCAACAGAAUGUACGCCUGGCCACACAAGAUCCAGGAAGACUUCCGUCUCGCCGAGACGCGACUCUCACACAAGCGCGACUUGAAGGAGACAGCACUCAAGGCUCGCGUCGCCAACUUUGAGAAGACGCUACAAGUAUACAACAAGGAACUAGAAGAUCUUCGGGGUCGUGACAACUUUAUUAUGAAGGAGAUUCGUGUUGACACCAUGAAGAGGAACGUGGAGAUGCUGGAGCGUCUCACCACUCAGUUCCAGGAAGCCAGAGCUGAGCUGCAGGCCAUCAACGAGGAACAAAGUCUGCUGAGCUGGGAGAUGACCAAAUUCCCGCUCUUGCAGUCCAUGAUCUCUCUGAAGGAACCUUACGACAAGCUGUGGCACACCACUUACGAUUUCCACCAGAAGUACGAGCGGUGGUUCAAUGGUCCCUUCAUCGGACUGGACGCAGAAGCCAUUAGCGAGGAGGUGGAGGCCAUGUGGAAGACUAUGUAUAAGCUCACCAAGACCUUCUUGGACCAGGUUGGGUCGCGACGAGUGGCAGAGUACGUAAAGGAGCGCAUUGAAAAAUUCCGUCUUCAUGUGCCGGUCCUUCAGUGCAUAUGUAACCCUGGCCUUCGCGAGCGUCACUGGAACCAGCUGGGCGAACACCUGGGUACUGAACUCAACCUGACACCGGAGACAUCGUUGGCAGACAUGAUUGAAGCUGGCCUCCCCUCCGUCCAACGCAAGCUGGAGGAAAUUAGCCAUGCUGCCUCUAAGGAGUUUAGCCUGGAAAAAGCCCUGGAAAAAAUGAAAGGAGAAUGGGCCAACGUUGUCUUCGAGUUCAAACCCUGGAGAGAAACGGGAGUAUCCAUCUUGGCUGCAGUGGACGACAUCCAAGUGUUGCUGGAUGAACACACGCAAAAGGUGCAGACAAUGCGAGGCUCGCCAUACGUUAAGCCAUUUGAAGCUGAGAUCCGUACAUGGGAGGAAAAGCUCCUGUCCAUGCAGGAUAUUCUUGACGCUUGGAUCAAGUGUCAAGUGACGUGGCUAUACCUAGAGCCCAUCUUCUCCUCCGAGGACAUCAUGAAGCAAAUGCCGGUCGAGGGUCGUAAGUUUACUCGUGUAGACGCCACCUGGAGGCAGCUGAUGGGCACAGCGGUGAAGGAUCCUCAUGCCCUUGUAGCUACCGAGCAAGCCAACAUGCUACCUAGGUUGCAUGAAUGUAACCGUCUUCUGGAGGAGAUACAGAAAGGUCUCAAUGACUACUUAGAAAAGAAGAGACUCUUCUUCCCAAGGUUUUUCUUCCUCUCAAACGACGAGCUGCUGGAGAUUCUCUCUGAGACGAAGGACCCACAGCGAGUGCAGCCGCACUUGAAGAAGUGCUUCGAGGGUAUUAGUCGUCUGCACUUCUCAGCACAACAGGAGAUAGAGGGGAUGAUCUCUGCAGAAGGAGAACUGGUGCAGUUCAGCAACAGAGUCAUCCCCGCCAAAGCCAGGGGACUGGUAGAGCGGUGGCUGGUGGAGGUGGAGGAGAUGAUGGUACAGAGCAUGCAGGACGUGGCAGUGAGGGCCGUGGAGAAUCAUCCACUCACUCCACAUGGUCUGUGGAUUACUCAGUGGCCCUCACAGGUGGUGCUCACAGUGGCGCAGAUCGUAUGGACCACAGACGUCACAAACAUUCUUCCCAAGAGAGGACUUAAGGACUACGUGGGUGUGUGUGACAGCCGCAUCCAGGAAGUGGUAGAAAUGGUGAGGGGAAAGCUGGAGUACGGCACCCGCCUCACGCUGGGUGCUCUCAUCGUUACCUAUGUUCAUGGGCGUGACGUGGUGCAGGAAUUAAUCCGCAAGGGCGCAUCCUCCGUGACGGACUUUACCUGGGUGUCACAGAUGCGUUACUACUGGGUCAACGAGCUGGUUCAGGUGGACAUGAUCAUGACCCGCCUCCAGUACGGCUACGAGUACCUGGGUAACACCUCCAGGCUGGUCAUCACUCCUCUCACCGACCGCUGCUUCAGGACGCUGAUGGGAGCCUUGAAGCUUCACCUGGGUGGAGCUCCGGAGGGCCCGGCUGGUACAGGGAAGACUGAGACCUGCAAGGAUUUGGCUAAAGCUGUAGCCAAACAGUGUAUCAUCUUCAACUGCUCUGAUGGCCUUGACUACAAGGCAAUGGGUAAAUUCUUUAAGGGUUUAGCACAGAGUGGAGCGUGGGCUUGUUUCGACGAGUUUAACCGCAUUCGGCUAGAGGUUUUGUCAGUGGUGGGGCAGCAGAUUCAAACUAUCCAGGCAGCCGUAUCCCGCAAGGCUCCCAGGUUUAUUUUUGAAGGGGUCGACCUGGUCCUCAACCACAGCUGUAACAUCUUCAUCACCAUGAACCCUGGGUACGGCAUGGGGAAAGACACAAAGGUGUUGUCACGUCAGCGAUCAGGUGCAGGAAGCAGCGAGGGUGAGAGGGUAUCCUGCUUUGCACGGAAAAUCAUCGACACUACAACUGUUUUUCUGAGCACUGUCAUCACAACCCACUUGAUUUACGGCAGCGGGCCGCAAAGGGGUGUUUUUCCUGGCCCUAACAACCUCAAGCUCCUCAUGCCUGACGUCUCUGAACCCCAAGUCGUCCUCAGGGCCAUCAAGGACGUCAACCUCCCGAAGUUUCUGGCUCAGGAUGUGCCGCUGUUUGAGGGCAUCAUACAGGACCUGUUUCCUUCAGAGAAGAACAACACCAUCACGCCAGACGCUUCCCUCGAGGCGUCGCUCAAGAAAACAUUAGCUGACAAUAACCUUCAGGACGUGCCUUGGUUCCGGGAUAAGAUGGUUCAGCUGUACAACAUGAUCCUGGUGCGUCAUGGCGUUAUGGUGGUGGGGGAGCCUCUGAGUGGCAAGACCCGAGCCUACCAGGCUAUUCUUGGAUUUGCCGAAUACGCAUUUGCUGCAGACUUUAUUCUGCUGAUAUGGGCCUCAGGCGAUAUUUUCGAUAUUAAGCUCACUCCGAGGUCCUUUUACUUGACUGGUAUAGUCAGCACUCUGCGUGUGAACGACUUGUUUAAUAAUUUCAAUAGUUUCACAGAUGUCUUUGAAGGAAGGUUAACUGGGGUGUCCUUGGACUGUUCGUCGACUCUCGGCAGCUUCACACUUAUCAUUGGAGGAACGCUAGCUGGUGUGUCCUUGGAGUGCGCAUCUCGGUCGACUGGCCAGCAUGAUUUCUAG